UAAAAACAAUAACUUGAUAGGUGAUUGUAGGUGACAAAUAUUCGAUCGGGACGACCAAAAACAUCGACAUCAUCGGUUCUCGCAGUUACCCUCCCCGAUGGUCCAUAUUCAAGUUCUGGUUGCUAAUCGCGUCAUCAGUUCCACGACCUUUCUAGAAGCUUCCCAGAUGUGCCACUGAGCUUCUCGAGACCGGCGCUACUGUACUGCUAUUUUCCCAGUUUGCGAAUCGGAAUAAACACCAGGUGGUGUCCCGUGUCCCGAAAGGAACGAGUAUCCGGAGUCCGGAGUACAUACAUACCUAUCUCAGGCUAUCUCCGUAGAAGCGGGCGAAGGAAGGAAAGGAGAAGGGAGGAGGUGGAGUGGAGGAGGGAGCAGCAAACGUGGACGGCGUCGAGGGGAUCGUUUCCGCGUGCCACCCACGGUGCUCGCUUCGGGGUACAGGCGUCCGCGGUGUUCGCAUAUGCCAGUUCGCAGCAGCAGUAGCAGCAGCUUCGGCGGCCGGCAGAGCGUGAGGCAGCGGAUCUCUGUGCGCGCAAGCGUGACACGGGAUUUACAGCAUGGCGGAGCGCAGGAAAAGCAGGAAGCGCAAAGAUGAAGUAGCCGGUUUGGAUACUAAGGUCGCCCAGGACAAACCGUCCAAGAAGGAGUACGCGGUAGCCAAGUGGAUCCGCAACAAUGUACCGUCGAAGAAGACCAAGUUCGAUAGGACCCACAUCGUCGAAUACUUCACUGGAUCGCGCGCGAUUGACGCUCUACUGGAAAACUCACCAUGGAGCACGGUGUUCGAGAACCGCGAGCAGGUCUCCCAGUUCUUGGACCUGAUGCUCAGGCACAAGUUCUUUCACCGGGCCAAGAAGGUGGUGAUUUCGGAGGAGGAACUUAACAAAAUGCGGGGCAUUAAGAAGAAGACUAAGGAUACGAAAGAGGACAAGAAAGCCACGGAUAAAGAGGACACUAAGGAGAGCAAAGACACGGGAGUGGUGAAGGAGGAGAAAGGCGAAGAGAAAAGCGACGAACGGAAGGAGCACAAGAAAAAGCCAAAAGUAAGACUAGAAAUGCACAUGGAACAGUACUUUGUGGAUUGUAACGAUGCGUACGUGUGGAUAUACGAACCGAUUCCUGUGUAUUACUGGUUCUUCGGCACGCUCGUAGUCUUAGGCGCGAUAGGAGUCUGUCUCUUCCCGCUGUGGCCCUUAACCAUUCGUCAUGGAGUUUACUAUCUAAGCGUCGCGGCUGCGGGAUUUCUCGUAUUUAUAUUAGCACUGGCUAUUAUUAGAAUGAUCGUGUUCUGUCUUCUGUGGGUACCCACGUUGGGUAGAUGUCAUUUAUGGCUGCUGCCUAAUCUGACAGCAGAUGUUGGCUUCUUCGCGUCCUUCUGGCCAUUAUAUCAAUAUGAAUAUUAUGGUCCCACGUCGGACGGCGACAAGAAAGCGAACAAAAAGAAAAGAAGGAAAGAAAAGGAUUCUGACUCCGAGGAUGCGCCACUACUUCAAGAAGAGAAACCUGUAGCGACGGAGGCAUCUAACGAAGAGUUAUCUUUGCCUAGCGAAGAGAGGAAAACUUCGUCCGAUUCAGCCGAAGGAGAGGAUGGCAGUGAGGAAGGCUCGGAGAGCGAGAAGUCUAAUACGAGUCGAGAUUUUGUUAUGCUUUAAAACGUGCGCGCGCGCGUGAGAACCAGGCAGUAGAUAGCUUCAUGUUUGCUGGGACAAACAGCUAUAUUAAUUGUCACAUUAAUCAUCACUGAAAUCGAUAUACAUAUGCUUGCGGUGCGUUAAUCCGAGCGUCGAAUUCGACGCACGAAUCUAGCAAACCGAUCGUAGCGAAUUCUCCACAUCUAUUGCAUUUAAGGGUACGCGCGUUCAUGAACGAGUGGGAAAAUCGCUUUGUGACUUUUUUGCAUGGAGAGAAUUUUCCGUAACUGGCGUGAAUGUAAAGUAUUGUCUCUAAAAAGCGUAAGCGUGAUAUAAGGCAUAUUUUAUUCUAUACAUACAUAGAUAUCUAUACAAACAUAUAUGUGUAAUAUGAGGAAAUCGUAUUAGACGUAAUUUCGUUAUCAGUUUCCGUUGAAUAAAUUGUGGGUACUGUUCGAAGUCUUCAAAUCUCUCAAUGCGAUCAAUGUCUACCGACAAUGUAGUUAAUUAAUAAAUACGCACCGAGUUCUCUCCGUUAGAUGUUAAAUCUUUGAAUCUAGAGAGGACUGAUUUAUAGCUGGAAGAGAAGGAAUCUUUACGGGUACAGAACUUGACGUUUUCUUCGUUGUUCGGCGAUUUAGCGCGAGUUCCUUUUUUUAUUUAGAAGAAAUUAGGCCCGAUUUUACAGAUGAAUAUAUAUUCCGGGUUUAAUACAAAUAAUUUAUAUUUUUAUGCGAAAUUUCCAAUGAUAAUUAUUGUUAUUACUAUAUUAUUAUUAUAUUAUUACUUUUACGAUUGUCAUUAUAUCAGGAUCUGUAGGUCUUGUGGAUCCGCGCUCGUGGAUUUAUCUAUAUGGAAAUAAAGAUAAAAUAAAGCGUUA